CUUUUGCCACUUUCUGACAUGCCACUUCGACUUCAACAACUUGAACGGAACCUAUAUCUAUAAGGCCGGAGAGCCCGGCUCUUGUGGCGACUGGCGCACUGCGAGGAGCAAUAAGUACCCCAACCUGUGCACAAACAACGGAGACCUCUUUCCUAUGGACCACGGCGACUAGGCCUUACGAUUACUAUACAUUCGUACCUUUAUUCCUUUAUAUGGACUUUUUCGAAAUCAGUCAGCAGUUCAUUUACUUUCAUAUCAGGCGAAACACACUCUUAAAUUCGUAGUUAAGAUGAUCCCCAGACUUCUAUUACCACUCAUGUUGCUGUUGACGCUGGCUUCCGGCUACAACUACUGCAACAACAAGACCCACAGGUGUGUCAUGCAGAACAUGGAGCACUUCAUGUGCCGGCUGAAGAAGUUUCCUGCCUACGGAGGCCAGGCCAAGUUGCACGACAUCGUGCCGGACACGAAAAAUUUUGAGGAAAUAGUGCUGGAUCUGCUGAACGGUCUGCGGAACCUGUUUGCGAGCGGAAAGCUGAAAACGAGAAGGAACAAACGCUUUGCGAAGGCCCGGCGGAUGCGCAAGCUCAUCUGGGACAAGGAGCUGGCGUACCUGGCCCGCAACCAUGCGUCCACGAUGUCCUUCAUGCGCACGGAGUGCCGCUCCACCCGGAGGUUCCCCUACGUGGGUGAGAUCCCUGCUGUGGUGGUCCCGAGGAAGAAGCUCAGUGUAAAGCAGAUAUGUAGAAGAGCGUUUCAAAGGAUGUUCGACGAGUAUCUGAAUGUUACGGACCCAGAGGCGCUGCUCCAUGCCUUCGACGCCGUCAGGGACUACUACGUGGGCCACUUCACCAUCAUCAUCGCCGACCGAGCCUCGCGUGUGGGAUGUGGCGUGGCCGUGGGCUCCAACUGCCUGCCGACUUCCCAGUUCUGUUACUUCGUGACCUGCUACUUCGACUUCAACAACCUGCAGGGCUCGUUUGUGUACAAGGCGGGUGACCCCGUCUCAUCCUGCGACGACUGGGGCGUGCAUGGCAGCGAUAAGUACUCCUUCCUGUGCAAGAACAAUGGCCAGAUCUACCACCACGACCACGGCCGGUGGUAGUAAAAGCCCAUUUGUGAGGUGUUAAUAUAUUCGUACAUUUAUAUAUUUUGGUAUGCUCUCGCCUAAGUGCUCUGAAGCACAAGGCCCAAAAGCUAGAGCCCCAAAUACAAUCCUUACAAUUCCUA